CCCAGCUCCUGAGCUUCCUCCAACUGCAAUUUCUCAUCCACCGCUGUGAUCUGACAGCCUUCCGGCCCAGCACUCCAGCAAACCAGCCAGCGCAUAUACCUACGCGAACUGCACACCAGCCCACUGCUUUGCCACAUCUUCGCCCGCACACCCUUAAACGCGGUUUAAUUAAUUCGAUCCAGAGCACCGAGGCCGCGCAUCAUGUCGACCCUCGAGGACCUCGACGAUCUCGAUCGCCGCGACCGUGAGGACAAGAAGCAGGGAGAUGGCGACGCCGAGAUGAAGGAUGCGGAGCCGGAGGAAGAGGACGUCCUGGACGACGAGAUUCUGAGCCUCAGCACCCAAGACAUUCUGACCCGCCGGCGCCUCCUCGAGAACGACUCCAGAAUCAUGAAGAGCGAGUAUCAGCGGCUUUCCCACGAGAGGGCGACCAUGGCCGAAAAGAUCAAGGAGAAUAUGGAGAGGAUCGCCAACAAUCGCCACCUACCCUACCUUGUUGGAAACGUCGUCGAGCUUCUGGAUCUCGACCCCACCGCCGAGUCCUUGGAGGAGGGCGCCAACAUUGACUUGGAUGCCACACGCGUUGGGAAGUCAGCCGUAAUCAAGACAUCGACUCGACAAACCAUCUUCCUCCCACUCAUCGGCCUUGUCGACCCCGACAAGCUCAAGCCAGCGGACCUAAUUGGUGUCAACAAGGAUUCGUACCUCAUCCUGGAUACACUUCCAGCCGAGUAUGAUAGCCGAGUGAAGGCGAUGGAGGUUGACGAGAAGCCAACCGAGAAGUACAGCGAUGUUGGCGGGCUUGAUAAGCAGAUUGAGGAGCUUAUCGAGGCUAUUGUGUGGCCCAUGAAGGAGGCCGAUCGUUUCAAGAAGAUUGGCAUCAAGGCCCCCAAAGGCGCUUUGAUGUAUGGCCCCCCUGGAACAGGCAAGACGCUUCUCGCUAGAGCUUGCGCCGCUCAAACCGACGCCACUUUCCUCAAGCUUGCCGGCCCACAACUCGUCCAAAUGUUUAUUGGAGAUGGUGCGAAGCUCGUAAGAGACUGCUUCGCGUUGGCAAAAGAGAAGGCGCCAGCAAUCAUCUUCAUCGACGAGCUGGACGCCGUCGGCACAAAGCGGUUCGAUAGCGAAAAGAGUGGUGAUCGUGAGGUACAGAGAACAAUGUUGGAGCUGCUCAACCAGCUAGACGGGUUUGCGUCGGAUGACCGUAUCAAGGUGCUCGCCGCCACGAACCGGGUGGACGUCCUUGAUCCUGCCCUCCUGCGGUCCGGUCGUCUGGAUCGCAAGAUCGAAUUCCCGCUCCCUAAUGAGGAAGCCCGGGCACAGAUUCUGAAGAUCCACUCGCGGAAGAUGAAGGUCGACCCCGCAGUUAACUGGGGAGAGUUAGCCCGUAGUACGGAUGAGUUUGGCGGCGCCAUGCUCAAGGCUGUGUGUGUCGAGGCCGGCAUGAUUGCCUUGCGAAUGGGCAAGAACAAGAUCGGCCAUGAGCAUUACGUCGACGCCAUUUCCGAGGUACAAGCGAAGAAGAAGGAUACCGUCAACUUCUAUGCCUGAUUUGCAUCAAAUAUGGAGACAGCGAAAACCGGGUUUGGCAAUAAAGAAUGGCCCAUAUAGAGAUCAGUGUGCCGAUAGAUGGCGUCGGGGUUUAUGUAACAUUAACAGUAGUCAUUCCAGGCCGAUGAGCUCCAGCGCUGCUUGCCGGCCUCGCUUGUCUAUUCACAAAACAAAUUUCUGUGUCGAUACUCUGAGAUGGGUGUGUGAUGGGUCUCUCUCUGAGUUCGCCUGUACUGGUUGUGCGAGCCAGCCAUGAACUCUGAUCAAGCAUUGCGUAUUUAUACAUAUCUCGAGUCUUGCGCAAGGGUCCUUU